UGGCUGUACACAACGCUGUACAGCUGUUAGGGUGGGGGCGGGGGAGCUCGCAGUCGUCGGUCGGAACUAGAAAGAAAGAGAGAAAGAAGGAGACCCGGGCCCUUCGGUCGUCGGUGUGUGACAGCGGAGAGACAUCACCACGCCUGCUGCCCGCCCGUCCGGUCGCCGAAGAACCGACCAACGAGAUGCCCGAUCGGCGGCGGUAACACCAAGGACAUUGCCGCCCUUUCUUCGUCCUACCGAGGAGGAUCUUGCCGGCGCCCCUCGUGCUGCCACCCGCCCUCGCGAUGGCCACCCCCGACUAUGUGCCCGUGCCCGAGUUCUACCGCAACCGCUGCCUCUUCAUCACCGGCGGCACCGGUUUCAUGGGAAAAGUGCUGCUCGAGAAGCUGCUGCGCUCCUGUCCCGACAUCAAGAAUGUGUACCUACUGAUGCGCCCCAAGAAGGGCCAGGAUGUCGCCACCAGACUUGCUCAGCUCCUCAACUCGCCCUUAUUUGACACAAUUAGAGCAGAGCAACCACAGUCCUUGGGUAAGGUCAUCCCCAUUUACGGGGACGUCACAGAACCUGAACUAGGCAUCAGCCCUGCUGACCAGAAGGUGCUCAUCGACAAUGUUUCUGUCGUCUUUCACUCUGCAGCCACAGUCAAAUUCGACGAGGCCCUUAAGCUCUCGGUGACCAUCAACAUGCUGGGCACCAAGCAGCUGGUUGCUCUCUGCCAUAGAAUGAUGUCUUUAGAGGCACUAGUGCAUGUAUCAACAGCAUACUGCAAUUGUGACCGCGAGCAGGUCAACGAGAUCAUCUACCCGCCUCCGUACGAUCCUGAGAAGAUCAUUCAAUGUAUGGAGUGGAUGGACGAAGAACUGGUCAAUGUGAUCACGCCGCAUUUGAUCGGCAAGCGGCCCAACACCUACACCUUUACGAAGGCGCUUGCUGAGCACAUGUUGCUCAAGGAGAGCGGAAACUUGCCCGUCGCCAUCGUCAGACCCUCAAUUGUUUUGUCAGCGUACCGAGAGCCUCUGCUUGGGUGGGUGGACGGCUGGAACGGCCCCACUGGCGUAAUUGCUGCUGCCGGCAAAGGAAUCUUCCGAACUAUGCUUUGCAAUGGUGCCAUGGUGGCCGACCUCGUACCCGUUGACAUUGUAAUCAACCUGCUGGUUUGUGUUGCCUGGCACACGGCCACCACAAGGCCAGAUGGAAUUCGUGUGUAUAACUGCACGACAGGCAUGCAGCGGCCAAUCACGUGGAAGGAUUUUGUGGGCAACUGCUUUGUCUAUUUCCACAAGCACCCGCUGCGGGACACCCUGUGGUACCCUGACGGGACCUGCUCGACCAACUGGUUGCUCAACUUUGUCAGUGAGACGGUGAUGCAUACCCUUCCUGCCUACACCAUGGACAGCGUCAGCAAAAUGUGUGGGCAGAAAGCUUAUAUGGUGCGCACCCACGAGAAGCUGAAGAAGGCUGCGGAAUGUCUGGAGUACUUCUCAACGCACCAGUGGCAAUUUUCCAACACAAACGUAGUUGCCCUGCAAGAAAGGCUGUGUGGUGACGACCGGAGACAAUUCUCCUUUGACGUCCGUGACAUCCACUGGCCCAGUUACAUCGAGAAUUAUGUUAUCGGAAUCAGGCAGUUCAUCUUUAAGGAUCCGCCUGAUACCCUCUGCGUCGCUAGAAAGAAUCUUCAGUGGCUGUACUUGCUGCACCGGUGCACACAGGUUCUGGGUGUGCUGCUCGCGUGGCGAAUCGUGAUGCUGCGCUCGUCAACUGCCAGGAACCUUUGGUACUCCCUCUUCAGCAUGAUCAUGCGCAUCGUCCGCAUGGUGCCCACCCACAUAUGAAGAAGCACCAUGCCCAAUUUAUGCUGCUCCUCUCUCUAUAGUGAAGCUGCCUCUUUACACAUGGACAAACGACAAGAAAUGUAAAAGCGCUGAUUUCAGAAAUCACCCAGCUUGAAUCUUCAGCACAACUCUUCUUAUAUUCCAAGACAGACAGGAGAAUUUCGAAGAAAGCAGGUUGCCUCUCCCCGCUGUAGCCAAUUUUUCAGUUGUCAGACAGACUGUUAUUAAAUAGUCAAGCACGUAGUGUUAAGAAAGAGACAAACCGAUUUGGCGACAGAAUAUCAUUGGUUUGAUUGAUGAUGCGAAUAAUGUGAUUUUAGUGUCAUUGUCAGUAUAUUGUGGGCAGUGUGGGGAAGAACGCGACUUUGCCGAUUCCCAAAGAUGUUAACCCAAAGAUUCCAAGCACCAAUAACUAAAAAAAAACUGAAUUUAUUAGAGCAAAAAAGACAAUGUGAAAAAGAGGGAGACAGAGCAUUUUUCACACUCGCUGGGUUUGACCGAUUUUAGUCACCAAUUCUGAAAAUAAACCCAACCGCGUUUAUAUAAUAAUAAUAAAUACUAAUUAGCCAGAGGGAAGCUGCUGUUGAAUAAAAGGAUAUCUUGCGUGCCAGAGAGACACACAGUAAUUAAACAGUUGUUUAAAGGAAUCGUUAGAAUCUGACGUAGAGGGUGUGCUUGUUGUUAAUUUGUUCAAAAAUUUAUUGAGAAACGUCAGUUUUGGUGACGAUGACGACAGCCCAUUUGUAUUUAAUCAAAACGCUACCGAUGAUUAGCCUACAUGUAGUCAAGACGCAAGGAUAUACAGUAGACUCCAUAGAGUCACUUGCUCUGGUCUAUUCCUCAUUUUCUUAGCAUUUUUUUUAAAUAUAUAAAUUUACUUUGUAAUCAAAAUUUAGUUUUAAGGAAAUAUAACAUUUUGGCUGCACAUGAACUGGUCAUGUCGUUAAAAGUGACUUUGGCUUGUGUGUGUUUUUUAGCCAACUCUAGUUUGGUGCUCUCGUUUCUUGAGAAGAAACCUGCAAUUAUUGAUCUAGUUUACAUUAUACACAUACAAUACGCUUGUGUUACCAUCACUUGUUUUAAUACGCAAUCUCUUUGUUUUAUUAAUAGAGCUGAUGAGUUUAUUUGAAUUGUUUGUUUUUGUUUUUAUUAUGCUAGUUGAUUUAUUGUAACGAUUAACAAAUCAGUUUAACCUCAAUUUAUUUUACGUUAAUUUAUUUAUUCAGUGAAGAAAGUUGCAUUCUUUUUCCCGUUAUUUAAUAUAUCUGCGAAAAAAAAUGUAAAUGUUGUAGCGCGCGAAAAUGGGAUUUUACACAAACAACACAAUAAAAUGCAAGAAGUGGUCAUUGAGUAUGUAUUAUUACAAAUAAUAAUAUGUAAAUUUCCAUCCACGCUUCAUUCAAGUUGCAGUAUUAUACUGAUUUUUAUCGAUAUGAAAUUAAUACAACAAUAAAAUUUGCUCUUUUCAAUUACA